AUGGCAUUAAAUAUUCUUGUUAUUGUUGAAUACGGUGCUCAAAAACAACGAAUUUCUCUUGAUGCAAAUAGUUCAUAUAAGGAUAUAUGUGAUCAAAUUUAUGCACUUUUUAAACUUGAUUCUAAUAAAUCAAAAUAUAUUCUUCAACAACAAGAUUCUUUUAAACCUGGAUUAUUUAUCAAUGUUGAUGAACGAUCAUUUACAAAUGAAUUAAAACAGUAUGCAGCAAAGAACAUUAAAAAUCCAGUUAUACGACUUCGUCUUGUACCAGC